CGCGACAGCCAGUUUCGCCUCAGUCUUGGUGGUGCAUUUUUCCCGUUCGGAUGUGUCAAACGCGCAGUGUCAACCGCAGUGAAGAAAAAAUUGUGUUGUGAUGAGUCUUGAUGAAACCAAAAUGGAACCACUGCCAACGGUGGCCGCGGUGACAUCGCAAGUCGAGCCACAACAGGACACUGUUCCCGUCCAGCCAACCCCGCCGGCCGUCGGUGUUCGCAUCCGGCCGAAAAUUUGCGAUGUUCGCAACUGCGAUGCGAACAGUUUGCGCAACCCAGACCUGUUGUUUGUGUGCGUUCCGGGUCAUAGCUACCCAGAGCGACGCUUCGUUUGGUUGACAUUGAUGCAAGCCGUCCGCGACAAAAAGCGCAGCUACUGUUGCUCGCGACACUUUAAGAUUCCGGAUGAUUUUAAGGAUUUCCAAGAGUUUAUUUCGGCUCCGCCGGGCUACAAACGGCAACUGCUCGUCAAGAAGGGCGUAGUUCCGCAUCUCAAUAUGCCCCCGCUGAACAUGUCGGCUUUGCCUCCACUGACCGACCGGUGGCCCAUGACAUUGCCGGCGGGUAUGACCGAAACGGAACAAUUGCGCCACAAUGCUAUGCUGAUGGGAUCUAGGCACAAUGCGGCUCAUCCUCCACCGUCAUCGAGGACACAACAGCAACAGCAGCCGCCGCCGCCGCGGAUCCGAUACAGUAAAGGCGUCCAAACGGAAUCGACCAACAGCUCGGUCGGUAUCGUCGGACCACGGAAGGUGCCUCCCAGUCUGCAGUAUUGUAGGCUCUGCUUCCAGAAGCAGGACUUGGAACCGAUCUUCACCGGGGACCAAACGCUCAUCGAGCCGGAUUUGAUUGAUAAGAUUUUUGGCUGCACCGAGAUAAUGAUUUCCGUUGAAAGUGAUUUUCCUUCCUCGAUUUGUACCGGCUGCUACAACAAAGUGCAUGAAUACGUCAAUUUCCGCAAACUUGUUCAACAGAAUGAUAAAUCACUUAGAGGCAUUCCAUUGCCCCCAAUAAAUUCUACAUCUUCACACGUUAUACCUACAGCACCGAGACAGAAUAGCUUUGUGCGAACGAAAACCACUGUAGUAGUACAAAACAGACCUACCCAAAAGGUAACACCGAUUCGUCCAGUAAAUUCAACACCGCCAAGUUCUGUUCAAAGUGCACCUGUUACAGAACAAAGAGACGAUCCACUCCUAGAAGUUCAACGCAUAGAAAACGUUGAAAGAUAUCAGCGCCGACAAGCAACCAUCGAAAGGAAUCAACCGCUUCGUGCACAACGUGUACAAGAUACUUUCUAUCCGGUUCCAUAUCGCAGGCCAAUAACCGAGGGUGUCACUAUCGGCGAUCCUCUUGCAAGUGCAGAUAACGAACAGAAAACUCCAUCGGACUCGGAAGACUCCCUUGCACCAGAAGGAGUUCAACUCAACGAUCGGGUUGUUCCGGUCACCUUGAUUCGUGUUCAACCGGAUUCGUCUGAGAAUGACGAUACCAACGAAAGUCAACCCGUCAAUACAAAUCCAGAAACAUCGCAAGAUGUGACCAUAAAAGAAGAGGAACCGAGUACUGAAACUUCAUCUGAAAAGAUCACUAAUGACAAUUAUCAUGACUCGCCUAAUAAUGUCAUUAGACCCAGACCUUUACACCAAAUGAUGCACGGGUCUGAUAAAAAUAAAACGAACCCUCCAAAUGUUCUGCAGGCUGUAAAGCUACUACCAUCAGAUACCGCUAAGGCUCUUGUCAAUCAAAAAUCUUCUCUUAAACCUGUCAGUACAUUGACGAGAGGGAUAACAAGCGGACGCUUUCCCGUUCACAGGAUAUGGAACACAUUCGAAAAAAAUAAUCCCAAGUCACAUAUGGCUCGAAUGCUUCCUAAAUCGUUCAAUCGUGCAGUUAGACUACCAGGGGUGUUUUCUAGUUUGAUUCAUAGAGCUAAACUGCCUCAGUCCGCAACAUAUUCGCCCAAUACUUCUAAUAAAUCCACAAUCCCGAAACCGCUCUCAACCGCUUCAUCAAAUUUGGAGAAACAAACAUCUUCGCCGCAAGCGCAACCUAAAGUUCAAAAAACACUAACGAUAAAACAUUCCACACCAUCGCCGGUUCCUAAACCGAAAGCUCCCGUAGAUGCACCAAAACAGAAGGAAAACAGUACUUCUGAUACUCCCUCUGUCCCUGAUGUGCCUUCCAGUUCUACCAAAACCGUUGCUAAAUCUUCUGCUGCUUCACCUGUACCCGAACCCAAAUCUAUAAAACCACUCUCGCAAACGAAAGAUAAAGAUGUCUCUAAUAACACACGCCCCGAUCGUGGUCAUUUAGCGGUCGUCCUGUCAAAACUUCCUGCUAUACCAUCCCUUCUUCCAAUUAUUCCAAAACCCAAACCAUCAAAAGCUCUUUCGACACCGGAACAAAAGAACACCAACAAUAUUGGCACACCAUCAGCACCUGAUUCAGUUCCGGAAUCAAGCAUGCCCCCUUCCCCACGAUCAUCACGCGUUCGAAAGGUUCCGCUCAAGUUCCAGAACACCGUUGGAUUCCCUGUACCGAAGGUCAUCACCGUUAAAUCGGACCCGGACUCGCCAGAUAUCGAAUCUAAAAAAGUUCCUCUAGAAACUCCAAAAGAACAAGUUGUUCGCGUCACUCGAAGAUCAGCCGUGAUCGAACAAAAACCUGCCGAUACGCCAACCGAUAAAAAGAAACCAGAAUCAAGAGAAGCGACAAUCAAGAGCAAACCAAAAGAAAACGACUCACUCAAAGAACCUACGCGAGUAACACGAAGAUCUGAUGUAGCAAUCGCAAAACUAGAGGAACCACAACAACGCUCUAAGCCGCCAAAACGGAAAUCCGAUGCGAAAAUGGAAAUGAAAGACCAAACAGCGCCACCGACAAAAUCUCCGAAACUGGCGGAUCAACCCAAAACGAAAAAACAGCCACAGCAAAAGCCCAAGCAAAGUCAGCGAGCCAAUGGUGCUGAACAAAGCGCAUCCGCAUCAUCAGCAAAUGUUGCGACGACGGUUGAAACAGAUCCACCAGCACCAACAGCGAAAGCUGCAAAACCGAGGAGAAGACAAGAACUGGAACGAGCCAAAACGCCGGUCUCUUCGCAGGACUGGAAGUGCCCGUUUUGCACCAAUAAAGUGUUUGAAGAGAAGAAGAGACUGGUUAAGCAUCUGCGCAAGCGACAUGGCAUGGAUUAUGCUCUGGUGCGACAACAAUUGGCUAUAUACGGUGGAAAUUGGCGUCAUUGAAUGUUUAUGCGUUUAGGAUUAGGUUUACUGGAAUUAAAUUGUUUCUAAAGUAAUGUUAUGUAAAUAAAUGCACCAUAUCUUCGCUUCAAAGCUAGUUCCAUGCAA